AUGUUACGCAACGCCGCUUCCCAGACAAGCAGACUCGCCCGUGGAUACGCCAGCACUGCUACGACCACCGCCCGCGAACCUAGCAGAUUCGGUGGUAUUUACAAUGUUACGCUGAUCCCUGGUGAUGGUGUAGGCAGGGAGUUAACCCAGUCUGUCAAGGAAGUCUUCGAGUCUCUCAACGCACCCGUCCAGUGGUCUGAGUACGAUGUUAGCGGGGAGACCAACGCGAGUGAGCCACAGUUCCUCGAAGCCGUUGAAUCGAUCAAGCGCAACAAAGUCGGUCUCAAAGGUAUUCUCUACACUCCUCUCGAGGCCAACGCGCACAACAGCUGGAACGUAGCUAUGCGCCAAUCCCUUGACAUUUACGCUUCCGUCGUUCACUGCAAAUCCCUCCCAGGUUUCCCUACUCGUCACGCUGACGUCGAUUUCGCAAUCAUUCGCGAGAAUACUGAGGGAGAGUACUCCGGUCUCGAGCACCAGUCGUACCCAGGCGUUGUAGAGUCUCUUAAGGUCAGCACUGUCGCCAAAGCAGAGCGCAUCGCUCGCUUUGCCUUUGACUUUGCUAUCAAGAACGGCAGAAAGAGAGUGACAGCAGUGCACAAAGCCAACAUCAUGAAAUUGGGUGACGGUCUGUUCCUCAACACUUGCAGACGCGUAGCGAAGGAGUACGAGGGUUCUGGUGUCACUUUCAACGACAUGAUCGUAGAUAACACUGCGAUGCAACUCGUCGCUAAACCUCAGCAAUUCGAUGUUAUGGUCAUGCCUAAUCUUUAUGGUAACAUCGUGUCCAAUAUCGGCGCUGCGUUGGUCGGUGGACCAGGUAUCGUGCCGGGUGUUAACAUUGGCGCUGAUUACGCUCUCUUCGAACCUGGUUGUAGACACGUCGGAAUGGAUAUCAUGAACACUAACAAGGCUAACCCUGCCGCUAUGCUCUUCUCAGCUGCUAUGAUGCUCAGACACCUUGGUGUGUCUAACCACGCUGAUAAAAUUGCUGGCUCCGUUUAUCAAGUCGUCCGCGAUGGUAAGGUUAGAACAGCCGAUAUGGGAGGUAACUCCAACACGACGGAUUUCACCCACGCCGUUAUCAAGAACCUUUAA